CAACUCUCGGCGAGCGGGGAGGAGGACUCACGGUCCGGGCACAGGCUGCUGCCGAAGAUGUGAAGACAACCACCGCGUUACAGUAAACUCGUUUGUACGUCUCACCGAAGAGAAGAGUCAUUUGCAAUUUUCAGUUUUUUUUUUUUUAAUUUUUUUUUUUUUUCUUUUCGCAUUUGUGAACGGUCGCGAUGGCAGUUAACUUCACAUCCGGGCCACAAUGCCUUGACUCCAUUAUUGUCUAAAAACUGGCGGAGAGGCUGAUAAACCUUGUUAUUUUUUUUUUAGUUAACAGUUAACGAGGCGUUUUUUUUAUUACGUGCAGUGAAGGCUGGAGCCAAGAGGACAUGUCUAACCAAGGAGUCCGGCGGAAUGGCCCUGUGAAGCUGCGAUUAACAGUCCUCUGCGCCAAAAACCUGGUGAAGAAGGACUUUUUCCGCCUCCCUGAUCCCUUUGCCAAGGUUGUUGUGGACGGUUCAGGGCAAUGCCACUCUACAGACACUGUGAGGAACACACUUGACCCCAAGUGGAAUCAACACUAUGAUCUAUACAUCGGGAAAUCAGAUUCCAUCACCAUCAGCGUGUGGAAUCACAAGAAGAUUCACAAGAAGCAAGGGGCUGGGUUCCUGGGCUGUGUCCGCCUUCUGUCCAACGCUAUCAACCGCCUUAAAGACACAGGCUGUAAGUACCAGAGACUAGACUUGAACAAGUUGAGUCCCAAUGACAGUGACACAGUCAGAGGCCAGAUAGUGGUGAGCCUGCAGUCCAGGGACCGGAUAGGCUCAGGAGGCCCUGUGGUGGACUGCAGUCGGCUGUUUGACAAUGAUCUCCCAGAUGGCUGGGAGGAGCGGAGGACGGCGUCUGGACGGAUCCAGUACUUGAACCACAUCACACGCACCACGCAGUGGGAGAGGCCUACCAGGCCUGCAUCAGAGUACUCCAGCCCUGGCCGGCCUCUCAGCUGCAUCGUGGAUGAGAACACGCCCGUCAGCACCAACGGGGCCACGCCUACCACCGUGUUGCCGCCCAUCGACGGUGACCAGCGGGCCCAGGAGAGACGGGUCCGCUCCCAAAGGCACCGCAACUACAUGAGCAGAACCCACCUGCACACGCCCCCGGACCUCCCCGAGGGAUAUGAGCAGAGGACCACGCAGCAAGGCCAAGUGUACUUCCUCCACACUCAGACCGGUGUCAGCACGUGGCACGACCCCAGAGUACCAAGAGAUCUUAGCAAUGUGAACUGUGAGGAACUGGGUCCACUGCCUCCAGGAUGGGAGAUACGGAACACUGCCACUGGGAGGGUUUACUUUGUCGACCACAACAACCGAACCACGCAGUUUACAGACCCGCGCCUCUCCGCCAACCUGCACCUAGUCCUGAAUCCAAGUCCAAGCCCAAGCCCCAACGGUUCUCGAGGAGGCAUCGAAAGUCAGAAUGUCAGUCGUCAGAACCAGUUGAAGGAUCAGGCCCAGCAGGCUCUGGUGUCCCCUGCUCAGCUCCCGGAGGAGGCCGAGUGCCUCACGGUGCCCAAGUACAAGAGGGACCUCGUCCAGAAGCUCAAGAUCCUCCGCCAGGAACUGUCCCAGCAGCAGCCUCAGGCCGGCCACUGCCGCAUCGAGGUGUCCCGCGAGGAGAUCUUCGAGGAGUCGUAUCGCCAGGUGAUGAAGAUGAGGCCGAAGGACCUGUGGAAAAGGCUAAUGGUGAAGUUCAGAGGAGAGGAAGGGCUCGAUUAUGGAGGAGUGGCCAGGGAGUGGCUCUACCUGCUGUCGCACGAGAUGCUGAACCCAUACUACGGCCUGUUCCAGUACUCCCGGGAUGACAUCUACACACUGCAGAUAAACCCAGACUCUGCCGUCAACCCUGAACACUUGUCAUACUUUCACUUUGUGGGCCGUAUCAUGGGGAUGGCAGUGUUCCAUGGCCACUACAUAGACGGAGGCUUUACUCUGCCCUUCUACAAACAGCUGCUGGGGAAACCCAUCACUCUGGACGACAUGGAGUCUGUUGACCCUGACCUGCACAACAGUCUCGUGUGGAUCCUGGACAAUGACAUCACAGGUGUGCUGGACCACACCUUCUGCGUGGAACACAAUGCUUAUGGAGAGAUCAUCCAGCAUGAGCUCAAGCCCAACGGUAAGAGCAUCCCCGUCACCCAGGACACCAAGAAGGAGUACGUGCGGCUCUACGUCAACUGGCGUUUUCUGCGGGGCAUAGAGGCCCAGUUCCUGGCUCUGCAGAAGGGCUUCAAUGAGGUCAUCCCCCAACACCUGCUGAAGGCCUUCGAUGAGAAAGAGCUAGAGCUGAUUGUAUGUGGCCUGGGUAAAAUUGACAUCAACGAUUGGAAGUCCAACACGCGGCUCAAACACUGCACUCCUGAAAGCAACAUUGUCAAAUGGUUCUGGAAAGCUGUGGAGUCCUUCGAUGAGGAGCGCAGAGCCCGGCUGCUGCAGUUUGUCACCGGCUCCUCCAGAGUUCCCCUGCAAGGAUUCAAGGCCCUCCAAGGUAAAAAAAAACACCCAGGAUGAAGACAGGAAUAACCUUUUUUUUUUUCAAUUGACAACACUUGAAAUGAUCAAGGUACUUGCAGAUUACAAAGUAGUAAGACAUGUAAACAUAUAUACAUGUUGUUAUGUUAUGCAGUGUUUUACCUCAGUUUGUGGAAGACUUAGGUACAGGUAUUUGGCGAGGGGUUAAGGCGUCCUUCCGCAAUUUAAAAAAAAAAAAAAAAAAGCAUUUCCCCAUACAUUUUGUCUCUUUGUGGGAUUUUGCAUCUCUUUGUUGUCCGUUUGUAUCCCUUUGUGGUAGUUUUGGUGGCUCUUUUUAACAUCAUUUGGACCGUUAUUAUCACCAUGUCUUUGUCUAAAACAUUAAAAGAAAUUAGAGCAGAUAAUCAA